AUGCUGUUCUGCAGUGCACCACCAGCUGAGUGCUAACUGGAUAAAAAAUGGCCAGAUCCUCUCCUGUUCCUACAGGGAGAUCUUAGAGCCCUGCCAUGGACAUUGAAACAACAGGUGCAGUGAAUGUCCUGCUGAAUUCCCAGCUCCAUCAGCGACACCAGAUUACCUGCUAGAAAGCACUGAGAACAAGCAAUCAAAGAUAAACUUCUCAAAAAUGUUUCAGGAAAAAACAACCCCUCCCUCCGCACCUAUACAGGUAACUUCUCUACCAAAUGAAAGCUAAAGAGUUUCUAUAGUCCUUGUUUUUGUAAAGCUUUAUACAAGGACUGUAUUCAUUGGAGAUUUAUGAAUAAUGGCAAGAUAGACUGAACGACUGUCAAAGACAUAGAUGAAAACAAAAAUUCUCCUAGCAAAUUGAUCGGCUAUGGCUUGCAAGAAAAGGACCUUCCUCGCAGUGAUAAAGACUCGUGAAGAAACGGAAGUGAAGCCAAUGGAAAAUUAGAUCUCAUGGAUGUAUAGCUCCCCGUUCCGGUAUGGAGUUAAGCAGGAAGAACAGAUCACUCCUCUCCGUGGUACUGAACCUACUGGCUUUGAGUUUCUCUGUGGCAGCUUUCUUUACAAGUUACUGGUGUGAGGGAACCCACAAAGUGGUGAAACCCCCCUGCCUGUCAGCGGUAAAAAGUAAGAACUGCCAAGUACUAAGUCUGAACAGCACCGCCACUAACAGCGACGUAACUGACAUCAAUGGGACAUUAGACCAGAAUCUUGUUCACUAUAACUGGGAAACUGGGGAUGAUAAAUAUGCCUUCAAGUACUUUCACACCGGGUUUUGGUUAUCCUGUGAAAAGCACCAAGGAGAAGAGGCGUGCCGCAGCUUUAUCGAAUUGUCUCCAGACUCUGAAAAAGGCGUCCUCUGGUUGUCCGUUAUCUCUGAGUUUUUAUACAUUAUAUUGCUCAGCCUCGGUUUUCUGCUCAUGUGCUUGGAAUUGUUCACUUCCAGUAACUUCAUAGAUGGGUUGAAAAUCAAUGCCUUUGCUGCUAUCAUUACCGUCUUGUCAGGACUUCUUGGCAUGGUAGCCCAUAUGAUGUACAUGACGGUUUUUCAGGUGACUGUAAACCUUGGACCAAAGGACUGGAGACCACAGACAUGGUAUUAUGGUUGGUCUUUUGGCCUGGCCUGGCUGUCCUUUACCUUAUGCAUGUCGGCCUCUGUUCUCACACUCAACACGUACACAAAAACGAUUCUGGAAUUUAAAUACCGAAGAAGGAUAUUUGAAAAGAAUGUGCGAGAAUGCAACCCCUUCCUGGACGCUGAAAUGGUGCGUUUCCUCUGGGAGAAGUACAUCUUCUCUGUUAGUGGCUCUCUCGAAGACCCUUUGAACUGGCACAAAGGAUUUGGCAGCCCAGUCUUUCUGGAUGUUGGCAGCAUCACUGAUCUUCCAGGAUCGGCAAAGAAAGAGGAAAGAAGGAUAGAAGUAGAGGACGAUGGAGAACAAUGCUGACUUAAAUCUAGAUAGAGUUGUACAUCAAAUCUGAGCAUAGUCCAUGUAACCUAUGAUGCUUCUCUGCCUCAGUGAAUAACAUACUGUAGUUGUAUUGUGAUAAAUAGAAAUAAUAUCGUUCAACACAAAAUGCACUGAAAAGAGGCAUGUACGAAACCAGAAAUGUCUCCAUACCAGUAAUCUUUCAGGAUGGAUAGAUUUUAUUGCAGCCUAGGAGAAAAACUAUA